CAAGAUGUCUGCUGUCAAGGUCUACGGUUUCGAGGGCAACCCCCGCACCCGCGCUGCGCUCGUCGUCGCCAAGUACGAGGGCGUCGACGUCGAGUGGGUCAAGGUCAACCCGUUCGCUGAGGGCGGUGUCGGUGCCGACUACCUCGCCAAGUUCCCGCUCGGUCUCGUCCCGGCGCUCGAGAAGGGCGACUACAAGCUCACCGAGGCGCUCGCCAUCGCGUCCUACCUCGCCCAGGACAACAAGUCGGGCGUUCUCGGUGCCUCGAAGGAGGACGCCGCCGACGCGCUCCGCUGGGCCUCGUGGGCCAACGCCGACCUCCUCCCGUCGCUCGCCGCCUGGUUCCGCCCCCUGACCGGCGCCGCGCCGUACCAGAAGCCUGCCGUCGAGGCCGCCAAGGCCAAGGCCGUCAAGCACCUCGAGUACCUCGAGAAGGCGCUCGCGUCGCGCACCUUCCUCGUCGGCGAGCGCGUCACCCUCGCCGACAUCUUCGUCGCGUCGGUCCUCUUCCGCGGCUUCGAGAACGUCCUCGACGCCGAGUGGCGCAAGGCCAACCCCAACACGGUCCGCUACUGGCAGACGGUCAUCCACCAGCAGCCGUUCUUCGAGGUCCUCGGCAAGGUCGAGCCGACCCCGGUCGAGACGGCCGUCGUCUACACGCCGCCCAAGAAGGAGGCCAAGCUCAAGGCCGACGCCCCGGCCGCCGCCGCCCCGAAGAAGGAGGCCAAGCCGGCCGCCAAGGAGGAGGAGGACGACGAGCCGGCGGCUGAGGCCCCCAAGGCCAAGCACCCGUGCGAGGCCCUCGGCAAGCCCGCGUCGUUCCCGCUCGACGAGUGGAAGCGCCAGUACUCGAACCUCGAGACGGUCGACGCCCUCAAGUGGCUCGACAGCCAGUACCCGGCCUUCACCCAGGACUACUCGCUCUGGAAGGUGACCUACAAGUACAACGACGAGCUCACCCAGGUCUUCAUGUCGUCCAACCUCGUCGGCGGUCUCCACGCUCGCCUCGAGGCGUCGCGCAAGUACCUCUUCGGCUCGAUGGGUGUCUACGGCAAGGCCAACGACUCGCUCAUCACUGGUGCCUACCUCCUCCGCGGCUCGGACGCCCACGCCGUCUUCGAGGUCGCGCCGGACGCCGAGUCGUACUCGUUCGAGCCGCUCGACUGGGUCAAGGACCGGGAGUUCAUCACUGGCGCCUGGACCUGGGAGCACACCGUCGACGGCAAGGAGUACGCCGACGGCAAGGUCUUCAAGUAAACGCUCACACAUUCUGUAGCAGUUCCCUUGACGAGUACCACGCUUGCGCCAUGCAUGACGAGUUGUGGG